CCCGCUGCGGGGGCGCCCGCGCCGGCACAGGCGGCUCCGCUGGCCGCGCUGACGCCGGCGGCGCUGAGCACCUGGAGGGGCGGCGGCGCCUGCGGCUCGGCCCUUCCCUCCGCAAGGGAUAUUGGUUUCCAGGAGAAGCAGGUGGAUGUGUACAGUGAAUAAGGUGUCUGAAGAAAACAAGAAUCAUGGAAGGUCAUAAAUACAACUAUCCAAGAGAAUUUUAUGAUCAAUAUGCUCAAAGCCAAGAAAAAUCUGUGGUCAAUAAAAUGCAGCAGAAAUACUGGAAAACAAAACAAACCCUUAUAAAAGUUACAGGAAAAAAGGAAGAUGAACAUGUUGUGGCUUCAGAUGCAGAUCUGGAUGCAAAACUAGAGCUGUUCCAUUCUAUUCAGAGAACGUGUAUGGAAUUGCUGAAAGCAAUUGAACUGUAUCAAAAAAGGAUUUGUUUUCUGUCUCAGGAAGAAAAUGAAUUGGGGAAAUUUCUUCGAUCACAGGGUUCUCAGGAUAAAACAAGAGCAGGAAAAAUGAUGCAAGCUACAGGAAAGGCACUCUGCUUUUCUUCUCAGCAAAGGUUAGCACUCCGUACUCCUCUCAGUAGAUUGUAUCAAGAAGUGGAGACUUUCAGAUACAGGGCCAUCUCAGACACGUGGCUGACAGUGAACAGAAUGGAGCAGUAUCGGACUGAGUACAGAGGAGCUCUACUCUGGAUGAAAGAUGUGUCUCAGGAGCUGGAUCCAGAUCUUUAUAAGCAGAUGGAAAAGUUCAGGAAGGUUCAAGCACAAGUGCGACACGCAAAACUCAACUUUGACAAACUGAAGACUGAUGUCUGUCAAAAAGUGGAUCUUCUGGGAGCGAGCAGAUGCAACCUCCUUUCUCAUGUGUUAACAACAUAUCAGACAACACUACUUCAUUUUUGGGAAAAAACUUCACACACGAUGGCAGCCAUCCAUGAAAGUUUCAAAGGUUAUCAGCCAUAUGAAUUCACUAUGUUAAAGAGCUUGCAAGAUCCUGUGAAUAAACUAACUGAAAAAGUAGAAAAGGAAGACCAGCAGAUUGAGAGCACCAAUACAGUGGAAGAUCAGCAGAGUCAGUUGAUUUCAUUAGAUGAGGAGAGCCAUACCAAGGAACCGAACUAUUCAGCUGAUGAUGGCAAGGAUGUCAUCUCCACAUUGCAAGGACAUUGUAACCACGAGCAGAACUCAGGUGCUAUAGAUGCGUUAUUAGACCUGCAACCUGAAGAAAAUGCUUCAAAGGAAAAGUUUGUGAGAUCCUCAGAGCCAGAACCUGGUGAUAAGGAUGACAUGGUGUUACUAAAUGAGAUCCUCAACGCCUCCUCCCUAGAUGAGGGGGAAUUCAGCAAAGAGUGGACAGCUGUUUUUGGGCAGGCUGCUGAUCUCACCAUGAACUCUUCAGCUAGAGAUGGGGAGAACACUUCAUCAUCUGCAGUACCAGCACCAUCAGGCUACUUGCCCUCACAGCUGCUAGACCAAAACAUGAAUGACUUGCAGUCAUCCUUACAUGGAUGGGCAGCCAGCAGUGUGAGCCCACCAUCAAUACCACAGCCAGCACAGAAACCACACAGCCUGAAUGUGAAUGAUGGCAAGACGCCUGGGAAAGAAUCUACAAAGAAUCCUAAAGACUUGACUGCUUGGUUCAGUCUCUUUGCUGACCUUGACCCGUUAUCCAAUCCUGAUGCUGUUGGGAAAACUGAUAAAGAACAUGAAUUGCUUAAUGCAUGAGUCAGCUGCCUCUGGUAACUCACAUUCUUCCCUUCAUCAACACUAUUUUGGAGUUUAAAAAAACUAAAUUAAAAUUAGUAUGCUGUUGUGAAACUAUAAAGUAUGUGCCAUGAUAAUAAAACUAAAGGGAAUUAAUCCCCUUUUCUAUAGGUACAGUUAUUUGCUCUUGUUUUGUAUAAAGAGUUCGCAUUUAUUUUCUAUGUGGACUUAAAAAAAUGAGGUUAAGAAUUAGGGCAGAUUUCUUGCCAAAUUAGAUUGUCUGCUGAAACACUGUCUUUGCCUGGGGUGAUGUGGAGCUAACACCGAAGUGAAAUACAAAUUGCAAACCUAUUUUUUUAUAAUGUUUCUUGAGUAAAUUUAAAUCAUGUAACUGAAGAGGCUGCAUGAGUCAAACAUCUAUCAUGUAUAUAAUAUAUCUAUUACUGCUGUGUUAAGAUGUCAACUGAAGUUGUUUUGUUAGUACUCACAGUUGAAAAAGCUGUGCUGGAGCUAAUUACUGAAGAAGUAAAUUUGGGUCUGUGCAGCCAUCGAAAUUGUCCCCUUUCCAAUCUAACUUAUUUGACAAACUGCACUACAUAAAGAGAAAUCAUGCCCAGGAGGCUUCUUUUUCUGAGUUUUUUCUCCAUUGCACCAACAGAAUUUGCACCUGUUUUCAGAAGUUUCUUGGAACUGAUGCUUUGCCAUGCCUUCAAUCCAUUUCUGUUUCUGUUCUAAGAAUUUUUCAUCCAGUUUAUUUCUGAAGCAUGUGUUAUUUUAAGCUUGUUGUGACAUUAACUCUUUAAUAAAAUGAUUUUGACAAAAACCACAA